AUGGACGAUGAAAUAAGAGUUGGAUUCCAAGUUAUAGGUUUCUAUGUAUUUUUUAUAACCACAAUAGUUUUAGAAAAAUAUACCUCAAACUCUAUUAAUUUUCAUUUUAUUUUCCCCUAUGAAAAAGAUUUUGAAAGAAACAAGUUUUUAUAUAAAAAAGCAGAAUGCUUAACUAUUUGUAACUUAAAAGAAGACCCAUUUGAAAUUUUGCUUUCAUUAAAUAAAAAAUCUAAAAUAAAAACCUAUAAACCUGUAAUUAUAGAAGGUUAUACUGGUUCAGAAUUAAGUUGUAUAACAACAGCUAAAAAGAAAGGAAAUUUCCCUCCAGAAAUUGUAGAUAAAUUCAAAUUGGAUAAAUUAACCGAUAGAAGAAUUAAAAUAAACAAAUUAGCAAGUGUUGGAAGAAAAGAAAAUGAUAAGGGUAGUUCAAUUACCCAUUCAAGUAUUUCAAUAUUUACACACAGAUUUAGGGAGGGUAUGGAUAUAGAUAAUAUCAUGCACCACUCUUUAAAUAUAAAUUAUAAUAGUACCGAGUCACACAUAGUUUUAAAGAAAUAUAAUGAAAAUUCUUUUGUGUUGGCUCUAAAAGAUAAUGGUGACAAGGAAGAAGAGAUUUUAAUAGACAGUUUAUACUCAGUACUAAAUGGAAAUCAAUAUAAUUAUAUAUAA